UCUAUAUCCCACAACCUAGAUACCAGAUCACAGUGUAGGAAGAAUCAGUCGACCCCACAUCCACAUCGACUCGGAUCGGGAUCAAGUCUGACUCUACCGGAAUCGGGAUCGUUGUGGCGCGUCAUCUUUCAGCUCGACCUCGCAAUUGCAUUACAAGCUCAAGGUCUAGAGGACGAGGAAAACAAAUACACAGACAGCAAGAGAAUGCGACCCACCUCUUAAGAGGUUGACGCCUUAGCUCUAUCAUCGAGAAUCCACUUCUAUCCUAUUCGUAAGAGACAGCCUGGACCUCAACGGGUCUCGGGAAAGGAGCUUGGCAGAACGAUCCGGUAGUCCCACAUCAACCUCGCCAAGAUCGUUACUAUCAGCACUGUUUGAAUAAGAAGGAGAGGAGGAUAUUUCAGAACAGCAAAAGGACUUAGAAACAGCCGAGAUCAUGUCUUCCUCGGAUCAACCUCGUUCUCAGCAUCGACCGGGCGAGGUUGCGGCUACUAGUCCUAGUGAUGAUGCUGGGACUGGCGAUCCAGGUGAUGCCGCUUUCCCCCCGGCCGGUGUAGGUGCAGGUCCAAGAGGAUCCGGCAGAUCGAUCGGAUCAAACUUGGGGGGAGGACCUUCGUCCCCGGGUCACGGGUUCAGGUUGGACGAACCGUCGGGAGAUAGAGGUGGUUCGCCUAGCGAGUCGAUGAGCAUCAAGUCGGAGCUUGGCUCAUCGAGACGCCCCUCGCCGUCCUCUUCCGCGCGAUCGAGUUUCUCGCAACAUACACCGCCAGCACCUCCGGUGGGCUAUAAUCCUCCUCCAGCGGCGCAUCCGUUGUCGCCGCCCUCGCCUGUCGCCAAGCUUUCUCCGUUCACGCCGGGUGAGCCGUUUGGUAGCAACAUCGCUGCAAGUGGAAACGAGCUCGGAGGCGCGUUCAGCUGGGUAGGACCAGGGACGCAGGACAUGUCGAGGAGAUCUUCUUCUGGUCAAGGGUCUCCGGGUGUUUCAGAGGAGGGCGUCAGUCCGAGUGCGAGUUACAUCUACUCGCCUGGUGGGGCGUUGGGAGGUAGCAUGAAGGGAACGCCGCCGACUACGAGGAAAUCGUCUGCCGGAUCCAACAACAGCGCUUCGGCGGCGGGUCGUGGGAACGCUUCGACGACGGGGGCGAACCGAUCGAACGCUUCCUCACCACAUUCCUCCGUCUCCUCGAUCGCCGGCCUGCCAGGUAGACGAGUCAGCGGAGGAAGCCCAGGAGUCGCAGGGUCGAUGGUCAGAUCGGGGUCGAGCCCGAUCGUACCCGUCCAAGAAUCGAUAGAUAGCGUCGGGAUGAGGAUGAGCCCUAUAAUGAAGACGGCGACGACCAUGACUACGCACCACCAUCAGCAGCAUCAGCAACAGGGUCAUGUUCAGCAUAUGUCACAGGAUUCGGGAACCGCAGAGCGGGAGAAAGCUUCGGACCAGUUGAAAUCGGCCAGGGAGGUCUUGAACGUCGGAAGGGCGAACAGUAAUAUGGCCAACAGCGGUCAAUCGGACAGGGAGAACGAGGCGCGAGGUAGUGCUUCUUCACAAGGGUCGACAUCAUCGACCGCGGAUAGCUGGAAUGAAGGUGCGGUACAAAAGGCUCAGGGCUCGAUAAUGUCCAUCCCUCAGCAACCAUCACCAGGUUCGAUGAGGAGGUCGUCCUCGGAUGACGGGAGGUCGGCACUUAGUCCGAUCAGGAGUCAUCAGCAGAGGCGGGAGAGCUCAUCAUCUUCGUCAUCAUCCUCACGCCCCGGAUCUUCGCCUUUGGAUACUUUCGUUCCUACCGGCGUCGUCGCUCCGUCAACCUUGUUGGGCGUUGAACCGACGGUCACCUCGCCCAUCCGGUACUCGCCAAUGUCCCCCGGACCGAUCGAGGCGGAACAGCAGGAAUGGUUAGCGGAUGCGGGAAGCGGUGGAUCUUCCCUUUCACACAGGAGGUCGGGGAGCAGGGCUACAGAACUGGGACGAUGGAGUACCGCCCGAGAGGCCAGGCAGGCGUCACCCUCGAGAGGACUCGCUUCGCCGACGAUACCCACGCUUUACCGGUCGCUCAGUCACGAGAGUCAUCGACCAGGCAGAUCACAGACGUCUGAUGGAGCGGUCGGACACGUAAACAUGUGGGACAGCGUCUGGCCGGAUCCUAGCAGUAAAGCGGUCGAUCCUGUCACGGCCCUACCAGUGUCGCUUUCCGGUAUGGCUAGUCCGUCUUUGACACCGCUUGUGCCCCCGCUCGUCAUGCACGGUAGAUCCAUGUCGGCCUCGAUUCCGAUCACUCCGGGCAAUCCUCAACAUGGCGCCGAUGUGGGCAAGUAUGUCGGUCAAGGUCGACGAGACUCGAAUGCCGCCUUGUUUGGGAGACCGUCGAGCGGAUCCGUGCAAUCCAAGACGGGAUCGCCCGUCUCGCCGCCGGGAAGUCCAAUGACGUCAAUGAAGUCGCCAGCCCGAUCAUUGCCGUCGUACCGGCAUGCCAAAAAGUCGACCGGAUCAAUGAGGUCGAACGCAAGCGUCAACAGUGACCGAGGUGAUUCUCCUUUCAAUGCGCAGGACCUGCCAGCGUUCUCUGCGCCGCGAGGACCUGGUUCACCACGCCAGAUCCCGACCGUCAUGAAUCGAUUUUCCGAGGAGUUCAACCCUCCCAAUCUGGUCUUUACUCAGCCAACGCCGCCCCCAGGCGCGCAUGCGCAUGUUGACGGCAGGGGGGACGACGAAGUGCCUGUGCUGGAACAUCGUGAGCCACACAUUUUGGAAGGUUCCCCACCCUUGGCCUUGCCACCCGCGGUAGCUUCGCCCAACCUUGCGCCAAGUGUGUCGCCUCCCAUCUCUAGCGAUCCCCUCUCCGACGACAAGCCCAGUGGCUCCCAUAUGUCCUUUCCUGCCCCUUCAGGUCGUCCCGUUCCCCCGCCCUUUCGUCGCGCCAUCUCGCACGUCAACGCACCUUCUCCCACGCCGAUGCCCGCGCCGACCUAUCGUGUCCGUUCAUUUAGCGGUUCGUCAUCGCAGUUGACGCGACCCGUCUUGACAUCGCGAAACUCGGGGUCGAGAGGCCAAGCUCUAGGCUCUGGGCCUUCCAGUCCAGCUCUAGCCACGCAACCCAUUUCUCCUCAUCAAGCGCCUGCUCCAGAGCUGGAAAAGGUCGAGCCUCUUGCGAGCCUGCCGUCAAAGCAGUCAUCGCCUCUCCGAAGCUCGCCAUCCGAUUCUGAACCGCACACUGAAUCGCCCCGAAAGACAAGCCCCUCGGCAGAGCAAGGAUCUUCUCCAGAUCAUGUCUCGCCCGCAUCUGACGUCGAUGCAGAUGCUGACCCUUCGUCUACGUCGGAGCACGACGCAUCUCAUGAGCUCGAUCCGUCACGAGAACAAGGAUACUUUCAGGACGAGUCAGCGUUUCAACCCGAGCAUGGCGACGAAGACGAUUCAGCCGUUUUGGACACGCCUCUUCCCGUGCCGCCUAGUGGCAACGACUCGGACGAGGUCAUGGCUGCGCCAACAGACUCGUUGCCUGCCGACGUCGCGUUUGAAGACGAGGGGUUGUUGACGCUGGAGCGUAUAUUCUUGCUCUCUAAGAGCGAGCACGGUUUUCAUAGAGCCUACAUCGCCCGUACCCUGGGGGACCUCCUCGAGGACACCGAUCCUUGUGAAGCGGUCGAAUAUGUCAUUCCGCUGCUGACAGGCCUUGCUCUGGAUGAAGACGAGUCUGUCAAGGAAGCGUUCGCUUCGCAGUUGCACAGGAUCCUCUGGUAUUUCUUCACGGCAUGCGAGCUGGUUGGAGAAGAGGAUGAAAUCGCUGCAAGCGAAGAUCCGACCAAUGACCCUGUCUUUACAGUAACUUCUAAGGGAGUUCGGGCGGUCAGACGCUCCAACACGGCGACCGAUCAACCUGUCAAUUCGAGCGCUUUUCGAGGGACACCAGGAUCCGGUUCGAGCGGUUCUGCCAACUUAUCUAGCGACGGCUCUUCCGGCGGGGUCUCUCUCGAAUCUCGAAAGGCGUCAACCGUGUCCAGCGCGAUGCAGACAAUUCUGACGCCAUCCUCUGCCGGGACACCUUCCUCGGUGGCGACCACGGCUACGAGCGAUUCGGUACACGCCUCAGCUAUGCAAGACAAGGCCAUGUUCACGGACCCUUUCGCCGACAAAACAUCCGAGGCGGACAACGGACCAGUGGUCGAAAGACCCGUUAUUGCAGUUCACGCGUUCACGCCGUUGAUAGGGUCGCUCCUGCUUAGCCAGAACUCUCUGGUUGCGGAUCCGUCUCGCGCCGCAGUGGUGGCCAUUCUCGCCAAGCUCCGCAAAGCGUCCAAUCCGGUACUUGACGAGUGGACAGAGGAACGUCCGGAAGAAGUCAGACUGUCAUACAUGGCUCAAACCGGUUCACAUUCACACGAGUUUCCGAUAUUUUCAGUGGCGGCCAGACGCAUGGUACAAAAGGAAUUGCUAGAGGGCAUCGUGUUCGGUAUCGGACGUCUGGAUGGUGAUGCAUCCCGCAAGGAUAGUCACGGUAGCGACGUACAGGUUCCCCACAAGAUCCAGGAGGAUGCUCACUCCGCCCUGGAAGAUUUGGACCCGGCUGAAGCUGAGGCGGCCUUCUUGAAACAACAACUUGCGCAAGAAGCCAUUCUUGGCCGAGCCAUCUCGAUGAAUCUGAUCGCUUCCAUCAGCGAAUUUCUGCAUCCGCACGAAGUCUCUCGAUAUGACCUCGUUACCGAAGUCGCCAGAACACUCGAUGAUGAGCCGGGCGUCAAGGCCGAAGCUGCCCUUGCCCUAGCAUACCUGGCAAAGCUAGCUCCACAAGACAACCUCGAAUUGAUGCUGUCUAUUUUUGAACACUUUGUGGAAGACGAAACGGAAUCGGUCAGGCAGUCCGCGUGCCUCUGCCUGCCAGCCUUGAGCAAGCGGAUCGAAGACCUUGACGAUCGUCGAUCUUACACGGUUAGGGCCUUUGAGGCGCUCUUGAUGUCGGGCGAUCUGGUCGAGUACACGUUACUCGAGAUCAUCGGAGAGAUUAUCCAUAUCUUCCAGGAUGAUCCGGAGGGUCCGCCGGUUCAGCUGCUUGAAGUCUUUUACUCGCAGGCACCAUUGUCCCAAGACGCGACCGAAGAAGAGCCUGUGAGGGAGUUUGACAAUCUGGACCGGGCCAUUGUUUCAGCCUUCAAUUUGCCCGCCGUGUGUUUGGCUUUGGGAUCGGAAAGGUGGCAAGAACUCCGUCCGACAUAUCGAGCCUUGUGCAAUAUCAACCAUCCACGCAUUGUCGCAAGCCUAUCGGCAUCGAUACACGAGUUGGCCAAGAUCCUCGGACCCGAAAUCACAGCCGCAGACCUCUUGCCAUCCUUUGACGAGUAUCUCGCAGGCAGCGAUGAUGGCAAGACCAAGGUCCUGGCUGGCCUCCCUACAUUCGUCAGCAACCUUCCGCUGGAGCAGAGUAUAUCUGUUCUGGGCGAGCUGUCAACGAUGUGGGAAGCUGGGUCGCUUCCGAACUGGCAUCAUCGUGAAAGCCUGGCAAGUCAUUUCGCCGCGCUUCUGCGACACAUGGCGUCGGAGCAAACGACCCAGCCUGUGCUGGAUCUAGUACGCCUUGGACUCUUUGAUACGUUCCAUGCGAUCCGUGAGGCUACCAUCGCCAAUAUGCCGGCUUGUUACGAAGCCGUCAAGGAUGACAAGGUUUCGCGAGAGCUCGUCUUGGGCCUCAUGCAGGAUCUUGCUGUCAGCGGCAACUUCAAGGCGAGGCGGACCUACAUCGCUUGUAUCCAAGCCUUUGUCCAGCAACAAGCAGACAUUGCUCUCUUUGAGAAGCAUUUCUUAGACGAUCUGGCCGUGCUCUCUGACGAUCUUUUGGACGUCCGAAUCAUGGUCGCCAAAUGCCUCGGUCCGAUUUGCGCUAGAGACGGACUAUACCCCCAUUCACCGCUCAGACCUCUCCGACUCAACGAGAUCAUCGAGCGACUAAGUAACGACGAAUCCAACUAUGUUCGAGACCCAAUCGCCGCGAUCGCUGUCCGUCCACGCAUCCGUCCCGGCGGAGCCUCGGAUGUCUGGAUGACAGGUCCGUACAUCAUGACCCCUGGAAGCUCGGGAAGUCACCCCAGUCGCGGCUCGCCGCAGGACCGCCGUUCGUCGUCCGCCUCGAUGCUCAUCAGAGCGGAUUCUGAGACGACCAUCAAGGCGGCUCAACAGUCUCCUGGUGAGAAGCGCGACGAUUCUGGCACUCAGUCUGCUCCAUCAGAGUUGAUGUAUGUCCCGUGGGAAUCACCGGAUCCAACCCUGAGCGGCUCGCUUCAACGCGUAUCUAUGCAGGAGGCGAAGCGUAUCCUAGGUGUCCAUGCCGAACCUGUCAAGGUCGGUAUGAAAGAUCCGUUCUCAGCGACAUUCGGUCGAGCGGUCGCCGAAGCGCAGUCGGAGGCCAACAGCGACCGGGUCAUCAAAAGGCUUUGAGGUAGCAGCAGCAAACGCCAUCCUCUCGCCAGCGCAAAAGCAUCUCUUUCCAAUCUGGACAAAUCUUUUUCUCACGGGCAUGUGCUUUCUAUCUCAACUGUAUCACCACUACCAACCAGUCUCCCAGGAUCGCAGCAUCGAAUAGUGUAGCAAGCGAACGGAACAGAAGCAAAAGAGGGACCUUUUUUUAUACUGUAGAUCAUAUCGAGAUCCCUACAAGGACCGAUCCGACUGUUACCAUGUAUCUAAUCCAUAUUACAUCUAUGCCUUACGUG